GUCCGAUCUCUUUCCACGUCAUCCAUCUGCGUGAAUCCACGUUUCAACGGUUCAGAUCAAGUUGCAGAGCUACUGGUACAACGAACGAGGAAGCUCCUCUCUCCUCUCCAAUUGCUGAUUUCAAAUUUUUUUCCUGGAAAAAAAUUUAUUUUCCCUAGAAAGUUUGUAUACUUCCCGCUUUAGUUUGUUUAUUUCUUUGAACAUGAAAAUCAUGGAGCAAGAAGGAGAAAUUUUCGAAGAGGAGAAGGAAAUUAGAGUUUUCGGUGCAGAAGAAACAGACGACGACAGUGAACCAAAGGAUGGCGUAGAAGCUGAAGAGGAAGAGGAAGAUGAUGUUGAAGACGGAGAGGAAGACGACGACGACGAAGACGACGACGACGACGACGACGAUGAUGAUGAGGGAGACGAGGACGAUGACGACGAUGAGGUUCAGGUCUUACACUCCUCCGGGGGGCCGCCGGUUCAGUCGGCUGAUAAUGAUGAGGACGAAGACGACGAGGAUGGCGAUGAAGAUGAUGAUGGUGAAGGCGGCGAUGACGACGACGACGACGACGACGACAACGAUGAGGAGGAGGAAGAUGACGCUGAAGAAGAGGAUAUGGGCACGGAAUACCUUGUUCAACCAGUAGGUCGUGCUGAAGAUGAAGAAGAUGCUAGUGAUUUUGAACCAGAAGAGAAUGGUGAGGAUGAAGAUGUUGAGGAGGAAGAUGAUGACGGAGAUGAUGAUGACAAAGAAGGUGCUGGGAAAGUUGAGGCUCCAGCAAAGAGGAAGAGGUCGGAUAAAGAUGACUCAGAUGAUGAUGAUGGUGGAGAGGAUGAUGAGAGACCAUCCAAGCGAUAGGGCUGGGGACCCUUCUUGGUUUGAGGACUGACCAUUUAACAAAUAGGUCAAUCUCUCCAUCCCUCAAUCUUAAACCAUCUCAUCUUUGUAGAAAGAAGGAUAGGAUGCUUUUGGAUUUAUGUUUUAAAAUCCUGUAUCAUCAAGUGGCAGUACUUUUAGGAUUAUAUGUUUAAUUUGGGAAGGCAUUGUUGGGGUUUUUGGGCGGGGAGGUGGUUGUGGUGGUGUUUGAAUAACUAUUUGAAACAGUUGAUUUUAGACAUUGUGUAAGUUAUGAUCUUAGCUAAGCUGUAAACUUUGAAUACUUAAAAUCUUUAGGGUUGAUUGCAGUUUCAGAUUCCUUA